ACACCAAACUAAAGGCAUUGUGGGAUGAAUUGACGUCCUAUCAUGAGCCCUCAACAUGCACUUGUGGGGGUUUGAAGAAGAUCAAUGAACGUGAUGAAAAGGAAAGAGUGAUGCAGUUUCUCAUGGGAUUAAACGAGUCCUAUGCCGCAGUACGUGGGCAAAUCUUGUUGAUACAGCCACUUCCCGACACUCGGAAGGCAUACUCUCUUGUUUUACAACAAGAGAAACAAGUGGAGGUAUCUCUCACUCGUCAUAACAACAGUUUGCAUGCGAUGCAUUUGACAAGCCAUAGGGAAUCUGCUGCACAACGAGGUAACUCCUCUAUUAAAUGCUCAUAUUGUGAUAAAAAAUAUCAUACCGUAGAUCGGUGUUUCUAUCUCAAUGGCUUUCCACCGGGGCACAAAUACCAUGGCAAAAAGAUGAUUCCUCCUAACAGGAAGAAACCUGCGGCUAAUCAAACAAAGACUGGCAGUGAAGUCGCCACAGUCACGGAUCAGCACCAUCAUGAAACCAACGGUGACAGCCCCAAGUUCACUCCUGAAGAGUACAACCAAAUCAUGGCCAUGCUCAAGAAAAACAACUUGGAUGGUAAUCCUCACCAUUUUGCAAACGCCACAGGACAUGGCUACGAGGAGGACGAUUGGCCUGGGCAAGCGAUAUAAUGGGCUCUAUUACUUGUCGUCAACACAAAAUCCUCAUUUAGCUCACAAUGUCAACCGUCAUUCAAACCUUUGGCACCGACGGUUAGGACAUCCCUCCACCGGUCCCUUACAACUUUUGACCAAGCAAGUUCCAACUAUUAUGUUUGAUUCUAGCCAUUUGUGUGACAUUUGUCCCCUUGCUAAACAAACUCGUUUGUCUUUUCCGUCAAGCUUUAUUUCAUCUCAAGCACCUUUUGAUUUAAUACAUUGUGAUAUUUGGGGACCUCAUCGAGUCAAUUCUCAUUCGGGGGCUAGAUAUUUUUUGACUAUUGUUGAUGAUUAUUCACGAUUUACUUGGAUCCAUCUUAUGCGUUUAAAAUCUGAAACACAAGGGUUGUUACGUUCUUUUAUUGCUUGGGUUCAAACACAAUUCAAUCGCAUGAUCAAGACGAUUAGGGCAGAUAAUGGGGCUGAAUUCAUUUCUUUACGUUCCUUUUUUGAUAGC